GGAAGGCAGAAAGUCAAACUGACAGCUUGAACAUUACACCACAGCUUCAAAGCAGUCUUUUGAUGAAUAACGGGGUGCACAGGACCAGGUUACAUAUGAGGAUAUAAUCCGUUGUGAAAAUGUUUGACAUGAGUAUGAUGGAGGAGGACAAAAGUCAAGAAAUCCAGUAUUGCUUUCCAAACAACAGUUUGUCAUGUUUCAAAGAAAUCAAACAUGAAGUGGAAUACGUCAUUUUGUACAUUUUCAUUUCUUUAUUAUCAUUGUUCACUGUGUUUCUGAACCUGCUGGUGAUCAUCUCCAUCUCUCACUUCAAGCAGCUUCACACUCCAACCAACCUGCUCAUCCUCUCUCUGGCUGUGGCCGACCUGAUUGUGGGACUGAUUGUUAUACCAUUAAUGGGCAUCACAUUCAUAGAAUCAUGCUGGUAUUUUGGAGAGACAUUCUGUUCUCUAUUUUUAUUUAUUGCUUUUAUGGUUGUUUCAGCAUCUCUUGGUAAUUUAGUCUUUAUAUCUGUAGAUCGUUACAUUGCUGUGAGUGACCCUUUGAGAUACACAGUGAGGGUCACAACUGAUAAAGUUGUUUUUUGCAUUAUUACAAACUGGCUGUGUUCAAGCAUAUAUUCUGUCAUUAUCUUGUACAAUACUAUGUUUUACCCAGAGACACACGACAGGUGUUACGGUGAAUGUACAGUUUCUUUUAAGUUUGAACAUGUUGUCACAGACCUCAUAGUCACUUUUGUCACACCUUCUUCUGUAGUCAUGUCUGUAUAUGUGAAAAUCUUCUGUGUUGCGAAACAUCAGGCCAAGGUUGUAAAUUCUGUCACAGGUGUCAGCAGGUCACAAAGAAAGGCGGCAAAAACUUUGGGUAUUGUUGUAAUGGUUUACUUUAUGUGUUGGAUACCAUACUAUAUAGUCACUCUUAUUGAAGGAAAUAAGUCAACGGUUCAAUUUAAUGUUACAUGCUGGAUUUUGUACAUGAAUUCCUGUAUGAAUCCCCUUAUCUAUGCACUGUUUUAUAAAUGGUUCAGAUUAUCAGCUAAACACAUUGUGACUCUAAAAAUAUGUAAACCAUCUUCAGAAUACUUUAGCCUUUUCCCAGAGGAUAAAUAAUUAAGGAAUAAUUUUUGAAGCAUAAUUUUAAAAGAGUUUGUAAGAAUUUUGCCUAAAGAGUUACUGACAUAUUCCUUAUUGUUUUCUUGUACAGUAUUCAUUACUUUGUAUUUGAAGAUAUUUUAUGUUGUACAUCAGCAAAUUAAGGUUAAAAGCUCCCUGAUGAAAAUACAUACAUAAUAUUCAUAGAACCCCAGCAAACAGGAGUUGUUUCUUUUUUCAUCAAGAUUUUAAGUUAUGUUUAUGAUUGUUUAAAAAAUGGUGUUCAUUUCUUUUUUUUACCUCUUUGUAGUUCACUUACUCCUAAAUGGUGCCAAAAUGGUACAAAUACAUUAUGUAUCGUCUCAAUGUGAAGUUAUAGAAUCUUUAUAGUCUUUAUAAUGAUUAUAUUAAAAAAAAUUAUGUUUAACAGUUUUGGAAGUAGUAUAGCAUGUCACAGUUUGACAUUUCAUCAACUAUCCACAUACUUGUGUACAAAUGUUUGUUUAGUUCAACAAAGUUAAUGUAAUCGGGCCAGACUUGUGCAAAAGUGGAAAAACAUCAGUAAGAAUAAAUUAGAGUACAGAUCGAAUUAAAUCAUUUAAAUGGGGUCAAUACAUAGAAACACAACACCUCAAUUGUAUAUAAAGAAUAAACAAAUCUAACUGUAUACAGACCUGGUAGGAAGUGUUUUUGUGCAGAAAAUUUUGCACAUUCUUAGCCUUAGCAUUGGCAGUGUGUCAAGACAGGUUUUGUACUGUUAAAAGCACUAUAAAACCUAUAGCCCAAAGUAAACUCUGUUUUCUGUCUGAAUUUUCUUUUUUUAAUGACUUUCUUAAAGAUAUCUAUAAAAAAGGUUUAACCAGGGGCCAAGGGCUUCCCUCUUUUCCAUCUCAUUUAUGAAUGCCCAUGUGGCCGUGUACAGUUUACUUUCGCAGCAAUUGUUUGAAUGGUAGUUUAAUUAUUAUUCUUAAUGAAAAACAACAACGAAACAGUACAAUGACAAACUCACUUAUAUUACACAAAACUUUUAUUAACAAAAAGAAUAAGCACGGCAUACAACAUGCUAUAGCCUAGGCUUAAUAUAAAAUAAAAAGUAACUUUGUUAAUAACAAGUAAAAAAAACAAAACAAAAAACAAAAUGGCUGAACACUGUGUAACACCGGUAACACCUAUUGCAGCAAGCCUAGACUAAAGCAUUUUUCAAUUAGGUACAUGGGAUAUGGUUCUUUUUUAUAUAUUACAAUCAUAUUUAUAUUAAAAAAUACAUCAUUAUACAUAUCAAAAUUAUUGUUAGUCAGUAAAUGUCUUUCUCUCAAUGAACAUACAUGUUCGUAAACAAUACCCAGGUUUGUAGAUUUUUGCAGAAAUUUUCAGAUGAAUUGCGCUCUCCAAAGCAUUAAAAAUUAAACCGACUGAACAACUCAA